UAGAAAUAAAUAAAUUGUACUUUUAUAUACGUUUCUUGUCGUAGCCGCAUCUGUAACGGCUCACUCGAGGCUUGUUUCUUGUCUUUAACAAAACUUACAUAAAAAGUGUAUAUAUCAUGUUAUAUAUAUAGUAAUUUAUAAUUUAUAUACAUACCCAGUUACACAAAAUGUAUAAAGUUUGUUAAUUUGUUUGAAUUUCAAGAUACCCAUUUGGAAAAAAAAAAAAAAAAAAGGAGAUUAAUUGGAUUGAAGAUGGAUCUAAAUAAAGCAGCAAGAUUUUUUGUUUUGGUUAUUGGGUUUGUUAUUGUUAUUGUUGGUCAGUUUUGUGGAUUGGUAUCUGGGAAUGUGGUAUUUCAAGUUCAGCAUAAGUUUGGUGGCAGUAAAAGGUCUUUGAGUCAAUUUAGAGCUCAUGAUUCCGACCGCCACCGGAGGAUUUUAUCCGCCGUUGAUCUUCCUAUUGGCGGAGACGGCAGCCCUACCUCGGCAGCGCUGUAUUUCACUAAGAUUCAGAUUGGAACUCCACCAAAGGAAUAUCACGUGCAAGUUGAUACAGGGAGCGACCUUCUUUGGGUGAAUUGUGCUGGAUGUCAAAAAUGUCCAAAGAAAAGUGACCUUGGAAUAUCACUUGCUCUAUUUGAUCCACAGACUUCCUCAACUGCCAAAAUGGUCAAUUGUGAUCAAGAUAUUUGCAUAUCUACACUUAGUGGCCCUACUGCUGAUUGUAAAGUCGGUAUGUACUGUUCCUAUUCUGUUACAUAUGGCGAUGGGAGCUCCACCACAGGAUAUUUUGUCAGAGACAAUGUACAACUUGACCGAGUAUCUGGAGACCUUCAAACCACAUUUAUGAAUGGGAGUAUAGCAUUUGGGUGUGGGUCUCAACAAUCUGGAGAGUUAGGUUCAUCUCAACAAGCACUAGAUGGAAUACUUGGGUUUGGGCAGGCAAAUUCCUCUGUACUUUCACAACUUGCUGCGGCUAAAAAGGUAAGAAAGAUAUUUUCUCAUUGCUUGGAUGGCUCUCAAGGAGGAGGCAUAUUUGCUAUUGGAGAAGUGGUACAGCCGAAAGUAAAGACAACACCAAUGAUUCCCGAGGCACAUUAUAAUGUUGAGUUGAAGGCAAUUGAGGUAGGUGGUGAUGUUCUACAACUUCCAACAGAUAUCUUUGACGUUGGGGAUAAGCGAGGAACAAUUAUUGACAGUGGUACGACCUUAGCUUAUUUGCCUGAUCUGGUUUACAAGCAAGUAUUGGAAAAGAUUGAGGCUGCACAACCAAAUCUAAAAAGUCACAUUGUUGAGCAGCAGUUUAUAUGCUACAAGUACUCUGGAAAUGUUGAUAAGGGUUUUCCAGAUGUCAUUUUUCACUUUGAAAAUUCACUUUCUUUGAAAGUUAAACCCAGUCAAUACCUCUUUGAAGUUCAGGAUAAAGAUUGGUGUGUCGGUUUUCAGGAUAGUGACUUGCAAUCUCAGGGAAAAGAGAUAACUUUGUUGGGAGAUCUUGUGUUGUCAGAUAGACUCGUGACAUACGAUUUGGAAGAGAAAACAAUUGGAUGGGUUGAUUAUAAUUGCUCUUCAAGCAUAAGAGUGAAAGACGAGGAUUCCGGGAGAUCAUAUCUGGUGAGUGCCCAUGAUAUAUCUUCUUCAAGCCGUAUCACUACCUCAACUGGAUUUCUAGUAUCUUGUUUCAUGUUACUUUUAGUCGUUACAUUUAUAAACCCCAGGGCCAGUUUACGUUUGUAGUUAUACCCAUUGAUUUUGUAUGUGUUAGCAUUGAUUUGAUUGGAAUACAAACACCACGAUGUACAUCUUACAUUGUAUCUUUACGACAUUAAAUUUAUAAAAAGCUCAAUGACACAUUGUUACA